ACCGCGGCGGCGGCAAAAUAUACAAAAAAAAAAUUGGAAAAUAGAAAGAAACUUUUUUCUUAAGUUUUUUCUCUAAGUUAAUGUAGAGUAGUGUAGUUAAGCGAACAAAAAGUUUAAUAACUUAAAACUUACAAAUGUCUUGAAAACGUCUAUUUUUUAAGUUUCUUCAAACAAAUGUUCUUAAUAACAUAAUGUCGACUCGAACUACGACGACACCCGCCUAUCCAGCAACGACCACGCCUACUCCUCCUAUCCUUACACCCACUAUGUUAGAUACACAUUUAGCCACAACAAUCUUAAGAGCAGUGACCAUGCCCAAUUCAAGUACGAAUACAAGUAAUAUUGCUAAUGAUAACCACCCAACAAUCACCAACCACAACACCACCACCCCCACGACCCCCACGACCCCCACCACUACCCACACACACCACGACACAAUGCACACACAUGCGCAGAGCAUAAGCGGGCGACUGCAGCGAUAUUGCGCACAGGCUAUAGCAGCAACGAGCAGCAGGCGAAGAAGAAGAAGGCGUGAUGAUAUUAACAACAAUAACAACAACAACAACCACCACAACAGCAGCAACAAUACAACGAAUUGCAAUAUCAAUAACUGCAAUCAGUGCUACUACAGCAAUAACCAUCAAAUUGCGUUUAAUACGCCUUCCAGUGCGGCACUGGACGACACAGAUCACUACGAUCACAACAAUAACAGUAACAACAACUAUAGCAGUAGCCAUAACAACAAUACUUCCAGCGGGAGCAGCAAUAUCAACUUAAUUAAAACUAUAACAAGAACAAUUUCACCUGCAAUACAACUAUUAAAUGCGACUAGCUCUUCAAAAGCCGCCACCUACAUCGGUGCGUUGCUCGUCCUUACCACGCUAUGUUCCUUCUGUGUUGCUUCACCCUGCGAUCUACACAGCUGGUGGGAUCCGCUCAAGGACAAAUGUAUUACGUGCACUGUGUGUGAGGGGGAUUUGAUACCGUUGCGUCCGUGUCAGUUGCAUCGUGACACGAUAUGCGGUUCCAUUUAUGAUCUGAAGAUCGAUUGGGUGGUUCUGGCGAAAACGGAACCCAACUGGAAGGAGCGCCGAAAGGACGACGGCGACAUGGACUUUGAGGAACAAUUGACACAAGAUGAGUUACAGCAACUGCAAGAUGGAACACUGCCGAUGGCUUGGCAGACAACGGCGCUCUUUAUGGCCGUGUUAGCCUGCUUGCUCUUUUUCAUUAUAGCAGCCGGCAUUUUAGUGCAUCACAUGCGGCAAUGGCGGCGUAUGGAGCGUCGACUUGAUCAAGAUGUUGAAGAAUUAUCAACAAAAUUGAUGGCAAAAUUAGCGGAGGUACAAAGUAUGGAGGGUGGAACAUUUUUCAUUGGCAAUGCCGAUGCAUUAGGAGUACCAAGUACUUUCCAGCCGCAGCAUGUACUAUUACCGGAAAAACCGGCAAAACACCACCACGAACGGCGUAUCUUAAAAACAUUACAACCCGGUAAUGUUUAUAUUGAGGAAAGUAGUUCAAAGGGUUGAGCGAUUUAAGCUCAUAAACUCAAACUAAAGUGGAAAUGUAUCUGGAAUUAUGUAGUCAACGCAACGACUACUUUAGCUAAGAGGGUGGUACAAUUAAAAAAAUAUAUAGUACAUAUAUGUAUGUAGAUGAAACAAAUUUCGAGAAAUUUUUCUUUUUUUGUGAGUGAAAGUAGUUACCACUUACAUAAAAAAGGGAAAUCAAACAAUGUUUGACAAGUAAUUAUAACUUUGACUAGCUUUCAUAAAUGGAAGCAUGGGUGGGGUAUGACAUGCGCUACAUACAAAUUAUAAAUGGAACUUGGAAAGAAAAAAUGGAAAAGAAAAUAAUACAAUAUAUAUCUGUAUGUAUAUUCAAUGACGUUAUUUGGUAAGCAGUAACAAUUUUCAAUACCUUUAACGUGCGUAAAUGUACAAAAAUUCGUAUUUAAUCACACAUAUGUACAUAGGCUAUGCCCAGUGGGAAGAGCGUGACUGACGAAACCUUAAUAAAGGUUUUCAAUAAGUUCGCCUCGAUCUUGAAAUGGAAUAUAGCGAAUUAUGUUUGAGGCGGACGCCACUCGAUAGGACUAAGGUUCGACCCCUGGUCCGAGCAACAUAAAAAAAAAAAAAUGUUUUGUUAAUAGCAGUCGCCCGUCAACGAGCUUUUUCUGGCAUAAAAAAAGCUUCUCGUAGAAACCAAUCUGGUAUUUGGGGCGACGUAAAGCAGUAAAGCUGUGUGAAAUUCCAUUUAUUUUAUAUAAAUAUUAUAUUGUUACAACUUCUCACGUUGGUGAGGAUCCGAGUGAUCUGAUUUUCAAUAGUUCUGCCGCGCUGCUCCGACUGAAUUUUUGCCAAUGUGCGGGGUUUUGUUUGCAUUAAAAGCUUCGCUCGAUUGCUGCUUAUUGGCAUAAAGCUACGAUCUUCGAAAAUCCCCCAAUAAAAAGUCUAACGGGUUAAAUCGCACUAUUUUUGG